UUUGGGGUAUUUGGUGGUUAUGGUGCAGAUUGCCCGGGUCCUCAAUCAGAGUCUGCUGGGAAAUCUGAUGCUUGUCAAGGAUGUCCCAACAAGAAGUCUGCGCCACUGCCCCUAAAGGGCCAAGACCCUGACUUGGUUGCAAUUGUGGAACGAAUGGUCACCGUCAAGCACAAGAUAUUGGUUUUAUCAGGCAAAGGUGGAGUUGGCAAGAGCACAUUCUCUGCACAACUCUCAUUUGCACUCGCAGCCAUGGACUACCAGGUGGGUCUUCUAGACAUUGAUAUCUGUGGCCCAAGCAUCCCAAAGAUGCUUGGCCUAGAAGGUCAAGACAUUCACCAGAGCAACCUUGGGUGGUCCCCUGUUUAUGUUGAGUCCAACCUAGGGGUGAUGUCGAUUGGGUUCAUGCUCCCUCAUCCUGAUGAAGCUGUCAUAUGGAGAGGCCCACGCAAGAAUGGACUCAUCAAGCAAUUUUUGAAAGAUGUGAAUUGGGGUGAGCUCGAUUAUCUCAUAGUUGAUGCGCCACCUGGUACCUCAGACGAGCACAUCUCAAUUGUCCAAUUCCUGCAGGCCACCGGAAAUAGAUGGACAAUAAUUGUAACUACACCACCAGUCUCUCUAAUUGACGUCCGUAAAACUGAGAAGGUUAUGCAGUAUAUUAGAGAGAGAGUUCCCGAGCUCUUGGACGUGGUUGCCUGCACCGAAAUAUUUGAUAGCAGUGGUGGGGGUGCUGCAAAAAUGUGUAGUGAAAUGGGUGUACCCUUUCUCGGGAAGGUCCCGCUAGAUCCCCAGCUUUGUAAGGCUGCGGAGGAAGGUAGAUCCUGCUUUGCUGAUCAGAAAUGUGGGGUAAGUGCUCCAGCUUUGAAAGGAAUUAUAGAGAAAUUGGUGGGAAAUCAUUUGGAAUCAAGAAAAGCCAUGGAUGAGUAAACGGUGAAUAGCUUCACUGAUCUUUGUGGAUCAUAUUUUGGUUCUCUUCUGUUUAUUUAUCAUGUUCUUAUAAAUCUACAAUCACUUCUUUUAGGGAGCUUUUUUACUAGUUUGAUCUCUUUUCUGCCAUGAAUCAAUAGAUGAAGAAUAGAUGAAAAUUGCUCAUGAUCCAAUUGCAUAAAUUAUUUACCUUAUGUAUGUAUUAUACCUUUGUAAGAAGAUUAAGGUAAUGUUUGGAAUUAAAUUGCUUGAAGUCCAA